CCAGCUGGAGCCGCGGCGCGCUGAGCGAGCAGGCGGGGCGGGAUCGCCCACAGCUCGGAGCCGCCAGGCGCUGACGAGGAGCUCGGCUGAGGGAGGAUGCGCCGCUGACGCCUGCGGGAGCCGCGCGCCCGAGCGGGAGGAUGCUCCAGAGGGGCCUCUGGCCGUGGCGCGCGCGUUUGCUGCCGACCCCUGGCACCUGGGGCCCAGGGCGCCCGUGGCCGCUGCCGCCGCCGCCCCAGGUUUUGUGUGUGAAGCUGUGUGGAAAUGUGAAAUACUAUCAGUCACACCAUUAUAGUACCGUGGUGCCACCUGAUGAAAUAACAGUUAAUUAUAGACAUGGCCUUCCCUUGGUAACACUUACCUUGCCAUCUAGAAAAGAACGUUGUCAAUUUGUAGUCAAACCAAUGUUGUCAACAGUUGGUUCAUUCCUUCAGGACCUACAAAAUGAAGAUAAGGGUAUCAAAACUGCAGCCAUCUUCACAGCAGAUGGCAACACGAUUUCAGCUUCUACUUUGAUGGAUAUUUUGCUAAUGAAUGAUUUUAAACUUGUCAUUAAUAAAAUAGCAUAUGAUGUACAGUGUCCAAAGAGAGAAAAACCAAGUAAUGAGCACACUGCUGAGAUGGAACACAUGAAAUCCUUGGUUCAUAGACUAUUUACAGUCUUGCAUUUACAAGAGUCUCAGAAAAAGAGAGAGCACCAUUUACUGGAGAAAAUUGACCACCUGAAGGAACAGCUGCAGCCCCUUGAACAGGUGAAAGCUGGAAUAGAAGCUCAUUCGGAAGCCAAAACCAGCGGACUCCUGUGGGCUGGAUUGGCACUGCUGUCCAUUCAGGGUGGGGCACUGGCCUGGCUCACGUGGAUUAUACUUACUCAGCUGUUAAGAGUAGGCAAUUUCUUCAGUUCUUCCACAAGAAAUCAAAGCAACAGCAUUUUGAUGUGCAGCAAUACAACAAGUUAAAAGAAGACCUUGCUAAGGCUAAAGAAUCCCUGAAACAGGUGCGCCAUUCUCUCUAUUUGCAAAUGCAAGUAGAACAACUCAAUGAAAAGAAUUAAUCUUACAGUUUUAAAUGUUGUCAGAUUUUCCACUAUGUAUUGAUUUUGCAACUUAGGAUGUUUUUGAAUCCCAUGGUUCAUUUCGAUUGUUUAAUCUUUUUUUGUUAUUAAAUUCUUGUAAAACAGAAGUAUUGUUUGAAGUUCUCAACUGAGAUUUUUACUUUUUGGAUUUUUAAGACUUGCUAAUGUCAGAAAGGGCCUGCAUGUGUCUAUCAAGGCAACAGUGGCUGCUGUUAGCUAAAAAUCCUUGUCAGCUUGUCCCACGUUUAUUCUCUAUGUGGAGGUGAAUGAAAGGGUCUGUGCUUGGCAUUCACUUUCAUUCUUAGACUUAAUUUGGAAUCAUCCUUUUUAAAAAAAUCAGAGACCAGGUCUUGCCAAAUCAAACUCCUGGGCUCAAGCAACCCUCCUGCCUCAACCUCCCACGGAAUCAUCUUGUCAUUAACUUCUUUUUUUAGUACGCAGUAGUUGGGAGUAAGAUCUUUUUAUCAUUUAUCAAAAAGGCAUAAAUGUUCCACCAACCAUAAAGUAUAGUGGGUACUUUCUGAAACAGUGUAUAUAAACGAUUGCUUUUGAACCUGCAAAUCACAAGUUUCAGGUAUUGAAGCCGAAACAGCUAAACUUCUUCUCAGCCUCUGGCAGAUUAUUAACAAAACAGUAUUAUUCAGAUUCUGUAUCAUAUUAAUAAGAAUUGAACCUUGAAAGUAACAUCUGUUAUUCUAUUAAUGUGAUCAUGUGUGAAUGGGUCUGAUGACUGUAGGAACUUAACAUGGAAGAUGCUGACAGAAUCAGAUUUUGCAGGUAUUCAGCCUAUAGUGGCUAAGGAUUAUCAUGUUUUCUAUUUCAUCCUCAGAAUGCCAUACAAUAAUUCUGGAAUGCUGAUUUUUUUUAAAGUAGGAAUUAAAGUCAGUCAUACACAAAAUGUGGUAAUUCAUAUGUAGAUGAAAUAUUAAACAUUUUAUAUGACCCAGUAAAAAACAUCUAUCAAUUACACAAAUGAACAAGAAUGUGAGUUAGAAAAAUGUAAUAAAAUAUGAAUUUCAAAUAUUUUAUCAAGGGAUGAUUUAAUUCCUGGAUUUCAAAAACCUUUAAAAACAUCAAACAAUAAACUUUUAUAAAAAAGUGACAA